CCUCUCUUCUCAUUCUAUCUUUAACAUGUUACCAUCAACCCUUCGUUUCCAUCACCCGCCUUAACUCAGCAGGAACAUUUCCCGUGAUGUCUUCAGUCCCCCCAGGAGGUCUAAUCCUCAUCACAGGCGCUAAUGGCUACAUAGCUAGUGUCGCUGUGCAAGACUUUCUUCAGCGCGGCUAUCGUGUCCGCGGUACCGUACGCUCCAUCGAUGCCAAUACUUGGAUGAAGACGCAUUUUGGCCCCAAUUUCGAGCUAGUCGAAGUUACCAGCAUCUCGACACAUGGUGUCUUUGAUGAAGCACUCCAAGGCGUAGAUGGCGUGGUUCAUACCGCUAUGAACAUGGACAUGAACCCACAGAACCAAGCGAUCAUCGACGACACCAUCAACUCGAAUCUGUACCUUCUUCAAGCGGCGGCGAAGGUCCCUACCGUGAGGAGUGUUGUCAUCACCUCGUCACUAGCUGCGUGCGCUCUUCCGACGACUGGCGAACCAUACAAGAUCAAUGCGAAUACCUGGAACAUCGAUGCAAUUGACAAGACAUCCGAGCCGUGGGAUGGCCAAGGGAAUCCGCGAUGGCAUGGGAUCAUGCUAUAUGGAGCUGCCAAAGCACGUAGCGAACAAGCCGCCUUUGCGUGGGUACGCGAGCACAAGCCAUCUUUUUCAUUCAACACAGUUGUUCCCAACGUCAACUUCGGUAUCGCCGUAUCGCCCGAGAGCAUGAGCUACCGUAGCUCCGCCGCUGUGAUCGAUGCUGUGGUUAAAGGGUAUCCCGAUGCGCCGUCUAUUCUACCGUCACAGUGGUACGUCGAUGUCGAGGAUACGGUACUGCUGCACUUGGCUGCGCUGACACUCGACGAUGUCAAUAACGAGCGACUUCUUGCAUUCGGUGGGAGAUAUUGCUGGACUGUGAUUCUCGAGAUACUUCAUCGGCGGUUUCCGGGCGAGGUUCUGCUCAAGAAUGUUAAAGAGUCAGCUGUAGAUGCAGGAGAGGUAGACAAUGAGAGGAGUGCCAAGGUGUUGAGGCAGAUGGGGAAACUAGAGGGGUUCACGAGUUUGGAGGAAACUCUCCUCAAGGCGGUGAAGACCAUUCUUGUGAACAGGGAGAAGAAUGUGCCCAAGACGCGAAUUGACCUGUACUACGAUUCAUUGGCUAACGCCAAGACCCAUUGAGAUAUCGGCAGAAGAGAGGAAUGAUCGCCAGCCACAGAAGCAUUUAGGACUCUUGAGCACCAGGUUCAAGCUUUGUAACGAGAGAGAAUUAAUAUAAAUCAUGACUCAAAAAAUGGCCAGCUACCAGGCCAUGGGUAUAUGCUGCUUUAUGAGAGCCUUUUGCUUGGAACUAUUUCGAUUCAGGGUAGGUAUC